AUGAGCUGCCGGUCCUGUUAGGUUUGUUCACAAUACAGAAAAAAAAGAGAUCUAAUACUAUAUAUUUAUUCUGCUUCAUUUUACGGACUGAACUGUUCUGGACGGCGGAUCAAUGUCACCCGCGGCUAGACUCAGAAACAGUUUCGGUGUGGAAGAGGAAGCAUUUUAUGUCUCUAAAGGUGACAGAAAGACUCGAAAACCUAUAGUGGAGAAAAAGAGGCGUGCGCGCAUCAAUGAAAGCCUGCAGGACCUCAGGUCACUACUUACAGAUACCGAUUUGCAGACAAAAAUGGAGAAUGCAGAGGUGCUUGAACUAACAGUAAAACGAGUUGAGAACAUCCUACAAACCCGUUCUAAGGAGACUGAAGCUGUGAAUCGAGAGGCCAGUGAGAGAUUUGCAGCAGGUUAUAUCCAGUGUAUGCAUGAGGUGCACACCUUUGUGUCCACAUGCCCGGGGAUCAACGCCACAGUGGCUGCAGAGCUGCUCAACCACCUGCUGGAGUGCAUGCCAUUAAAUGAGGAUCACCUUCAGGAGAUGAUCAUGGAGCUCAUAUCAGAGCCUCACUCCUCCAGUGGAUCACGGCCAGCUGGAGAGGUGCUAAGUCCAGGAGGCCGCAUUGUGUCCGACCUAUUUUCAGCUCUGUCCCCAUCCCCAUCCAGUCCUUCUAGUGAGGAUCUCUGCUCUGACCUAGAGGAGACAGAGACCGAAACAAGUCCUGCAUCAGCUAAGGACAGCCUGAACUCCUCCAUCAUCACACACAAGUUUAUGUGGCGGCCAUGGUAGAAACCUCUUGAAUAACCAUGAAUCUGUAUUCAUAAUUCAUUUAUUCCUGUACUGGAGCAUGCUGGAAUUCUUUUCUCAUCUAAUUUUCUUGAGAAAAUGGCUGGAGCUUUAGGAUUUUAUACGCACAGGCUGAUAUAGUGGGAUAUGACAUCAUCAUACAGAAAAGCAUGGAAUACAUGGUGACUUUGACAUAUCUCUGGAUAUUUUUCUUUAGAAACAUAAUGACUUAAAGCAUAAAAGUUUAUUUAAACUGAUUGAACUGCCUUAAAGAGUGAACUGUAAUGGUUUAUACUAGAGAAUGAGAAAUUGCUUUGUUUUAGUUGAAAAAAAAAAUGAGAAAAAUGUGUCUUUUGCAGAACUAGUUAAAAAUAUAGACAGUCAUACUGUCAAAUAGAUUAAGUCCAUGGCCCUGUGUAGUGUUAUUAAAAAGUAUUUUUAUUGUUUAUAUACUUUAGAGACAUCAUAUGUAACAUCAUUUAAUGUCAAUUCAUGGUUUAUAAUUCAUAGUAUUGCAAUAUUAUGGUGCCCAGCUUAACUUGUAUAAUGUUGUUGUUGCUGUUCAACUGCCUUCAUCUGUCAUUUUAAAGGGCAAGGUGAAGGUAGAUGCCCACCAUAUAUUUAAUUUGUCUUUUUGACCUUAAA